ACACUGCCAUGUUCUCCUCUAAUUCUCUGUCUAAAAGGAUCUUUUGAUACGGUUACAGUAAGAUAGACAACAUGAUAAUGUAACCAAUACAAAACUUGUUGUUUGAAGCUGAAUAUCACAUGACGUUUUUAUCAGGUCUGGAAUAGUGCAGGUCAGAGUUAUAGUGUCUUGUUUUGUAAAAACAUUGGACAAUAUUUUGACAUCUGGUACCACCCUUUAAAGAAUGGAUGUACCGUAACUACCAUUAGUUUGAUAGUUUGACGAAUGAAGCUAUAGGGGAGAGUACUGACAAACAAGCAAAGAAAAUAUCAGCUACAUACCAUGAUGGCCGCGGAAUUACCCCGCGGUCGUGGAAGACAUCGCGGAACAAAACAAAGAAAGGACCCGACGAUCAAGUCAAUGACGGAGACAACGACGACGAGAUUGAAACCUUCAAUGGAUCUCCCUGCUCUGAUUCGAACCGGACCACCGCAGGGAGGAAUUCGUCACGUAAGGUUAAGCCUGGGUGGCGUUUCCAAGUUCCGACAGGCCUCCAAAUCGAUGCCGGACGCGGUGGUCGAUGACUUCGAGACGAAGAGAAGGCAGAAGCUGAGAGGCGUGAUCGCCAUGAUGGAGAUGAGUAAGAGACCGGUGAAGAGAAAGAACGAUGUCGAAACACAUCUUAAUGAGACGAUUUCAGAGAAUGUUAAUAAACAACAGCGAAAGACGAACCUCAAGCAUGCUAAAACAGUGGAAGCAUCCAAACGACGAACUAAGCAGAAAGGAAAUAAUCGAGCAACAAAGGGCUUUACUAUUAACGUAACCAACGACAGCCAUAAUGAAGAAGACAACGACGCUGGCAACGACAGCGAUGACCAAGGCGACGGCGACGGAGACUUGAAGAAGAAAGCCCUUGCUACGAUGGGCAAAUGGCAGAGUUUUGUUCGGAAGAAGAAGGUUUUGACGAAGGGACGUAGGGCUGGAUUUGCUGGCCGUCUUCCGAUCAGGAAAGGUAGCGGUGCUUCGAACAGAAACAAAGAUGAUCAGAAGGAGAAGCAGGACCCCAAGACGUUAGGACGAUUUCGGGCGGUGGUGAAACUGGUUAUCUAUCUCUUAAGGCUGAGCAGGACAUAUAUCUACAAGGAAAGCGAUGCCCGGAUGGUGUCGUUGUUCAGUGAUAUCGAUGCUGCCCGGGCCGGAGAUCAUUACAAAAUAAGAGGAGAUCUACUCUAUGACGUCACGGAGUACAAAGCCCUGAAAUCGCAAAAGAUCUCAAAAGACACGAAACGAAUCCUGCUCAUGGAUCACAAGAAGAGAUCUAAAAAGGAUAUCCAUCACGUAAUGGUCGAGCUACAGCAGAUGAAGGGUAUCACCAAGUACCCAGUGGACAUGCAGAGAGGUCUGGUGACAAACUCCUGGUACGAGGAAUACCCAACGGGUAGGGUCAUCAUCAGAUAUGGCAGGAGUCCUCAGGCAUUCUAUGUCAUACUAGGUGGAUCAGCUUUGCAUUUAGAAGGUGAUCCCAAUAUUCCAGGUAGACAUGUUUCAUCACUCAACAAAGGGGAUAUGUUCGGGGAACAAGCGAUUGCCCACCAAAACAAACAUGUCUACACGGUCAUUUCCAAGGAAGCCAUACAACUCAUGUGUCUAGCACCAGAUGACUACAGUCGAAUAUUUCUUGCCGGUGGUCUGGGCAACUUUAGCGAUCUCGGUGAAAAGAGUUUUGUCAGAUCAAUCUGUAUCUUUAAACACUGGCCUAUUCAUCUCUUAAAGGAUAACCACACUCAAACAAGAUUCCAAUACUUUGUACAUGGUACCACAAUAGUUGAAGAUAGCACUAAAUCAGAAUGGAUUAUCAUCGUAAAAUCGGGAAGCUGCUCAGUACUGAAAAAGUUGGUUGACCCCACACAGUAUGGCAAACCUGCAAUAGCUCCGGUCAGCAAGAGAAAGAAAAGCGUAGUGCCAACAACCCGGUACAAGCGUGACUUCAUCCAACCAGCCGAAACCCACCAGGAGAUGCUAACCCGCAAGCUGAAGGAGCUCCAGAAGAGACGGUCCAAGUCCAUCAAGAACAGCAGAUGGAAACGGUACAUCAAGAAACCCACCAACCUGCUCAAGAUACCCCUUCACGAUGACCCCUUCGAAGAGCCACACAUGUCGGAAGACUACCGGGGAAAGACGGAUCCCAUAGCCGCUGAUAUGCAUCAGAGAUAUGAGGAGAGCUGGAAGGCAUCGAGGUUAAAACCUACUGACAUGUCUCGGAAUCCUGAUCUCACCGAAGCGAACACCUCGGGUGUUUCCACGACGGAAGAAGGGGCUGAUAAUGAAGGUGAUCAACGUGAUGAGACGGGGGAAGAACCUAUGGAUACCUCGGGCACGUCUCACCACAAUCAUGUCAUGGGAGGGCGGAAGCAAUCUUUUGCAAAGGGACCCUUUAUGACACAUCGCUCUGCUGGAAUACGACCAGUUUGUGAACCGAAUAAGACAAACGACUCCGGUACGACGAGUACGCGCAAUAACAAUGGUGGGCGGAGAGAUAGUAUAGCGCAAUCUGAAGGAGAUGUUCCAAAGAAGAUUGGGUCGACACGUACAGAUGGCGCGCUGGCGGAUGGACUCACGCGAAGGAAUAGUCUAGCACGGAGGGAUAGUGUGAUCCAGAGGAGAGGGAGUAUGAUAAGAAGGGAUAAUCAGGCUCUGAUGGAGACCAAUGAUGGUGAUGGGAGAGAAAGCGUUACUCAAGAUAGUGGGAUGACCGACCUAACAGAAGCAACCCAGUACGAACAAGGAGCUUCCCCUGUCGCUGGAAAAGAUGAUGAGGUGUAUGAAAGCGAGGAUGAUGACGAGGAGGAAGGACAGACUGAGGCCCCUCCAGAACCAGUCCAUACAUUUCUCAUGAUAGAUACAUUAGAGAAAGGAGGAGUUUUCGGAGUUCUUGACAUGGCGUUCGGUUCUCAGUCAAGCUUGAGUUUGGUUAGUAAUGGAGCCGAGUGCAUCAUGGUCAACAAGAAGUUCUUCAAGAAACAUUCCAAUGACAAAACUAUCUGGAACAUCGGCCAAAUGUUCCGUCCUUAUCCUGAUGAAGACACACUGACCAAAGAUCUGAAAGAGAAGUUGACUUGGAAAGAUCAUCGUGACGUAACUCUCAAAGAAACAGCUCUCAAGUUCAAGAAGACAAGAAAACGAUUGACCGAUCCGCGUCUCCAGCGACCAAGCACCAUCGUGGAAUCUUUCUCUUGAACUAAUCGUAAAAUAAUGGCAAUAUAAUUACACUGUCGCUCAUAUAAAUGGAAUAUUUUUGUUUUACCCCAAUUUAUGGAAUUAUUUUUAAAAUAA